AUGCAAAUAUUCCUGAAAGAGGAAUUAGAUGCUCUCCGUGCUCAGAAGGAGACGAAAGCUUCCACUUCUUCCAACAAUCAAGGAAUUGGAUCGAACAUGGCUGCGACUCCAACUGCACCAACUACUCCAACAAUCAACACCACACAGGCUGGAAAUAAGAUUGAAGUAAUUAUAAUGAAAUCCAAACACCACCAUCACUCUCAUAAGCGAAAGCACAGAUCCAGUGGGAGUCGUGAUUCGAGGGAAUCUCCCCGUCCAAAUCACAAGAAGCGACGUCAUGAAAAGCGUCGUCAUGAAGAUGAUGAUCGCCGCGAUGAGCACUAUGGGGAUUCUCGCCCGAAAUCGUCAUCGAGAGACAAGGAUCGUCGUGACCAACGCCGGCAUCGUGAUGAUUAUCUAGAAGACUAUCAUUGUGGUAAACGCCGUCACAACGGCGAAUCUCGUGGAAAGUCUCCGAAAAACAUACGAUCCGACAGUCGGGACGAGCCCAAGCACAGAUCCAGUGGGAGUCGUGAUUCGAGGGAAUCUCCCCGUCCAAAUCACAAGAAGCGACGUCAUGAAAAGCGUCGUCAUGAAGAUGAUGAUCGCCGCGAUGAGCACUAUGGGGAUUCUCGCCCGAAAUCGUCAUCGAGAGACAAGGAUCGUCGUGACCAACGCCGGCAUCGUGAUGAUUAUCUAGAAGACUAUCAUUGUCGUAAACGCCGUGACAACGGCGAAUCUCGUGGAAAGUCUCCGAAAAACAUACGAUCCGACAGUCGGGACGAGCCCAAGGCUUCGGAUUCUUUGACAAUCAACCACCAUGGCGACGCCGGUUAUCGAGACGAGCCAACUAGCCAACGUCAAGAGAGAAUCAGCCGUGAUGAUCAUCGUGAGGAUGCUCGUCGGGAUGAGAGCUACCGUGAAGACGAGACGCGUAUGAUAUCUCCAGUCAGGCAGAAAGCGGAAAAUCACGGAUUCGGCAACGAAACUCACAGAGAUCAAAGUCCAACUAUUAAGUCGGAAGUCGGCACCCCAGAUCAUUCCCAUUCUGAUGAUCAAAGGAAUACUCCAAUGAGCCAAAGAGAUGCAACUUCUCCAACGACCGAAAUCGACCAAGCAGAGGAGGAAAAUACAGAACCACCGCCGAAAAAGAUUCGACAGGAACGGAAGUCGAAGAAUCUCGGAACAACAGAGCUCACCGCCAACGUCCUGAGAGUGUCUGAGGUCUCCGAAAAGGAGCAGUUCCGAAUGGCUCUUCAAGAAUCCGAAGAUUCUCCUCUGAUCUUAGCUAUCUGCAACUAUGAAUGCUAUGAAAGUUGUGAGAGUGUUAAGUUCGGAGAUAGAGUCCAGAUUGAAGCGGAAGUGAUGAAGAAAAAUGAUUCGAAUGUGGUAACUAAAAUUUGGAUCGAUAGGAUUCUAAGAAUCGACAAGGGCGUUUCCAGACAAAACUCCGUUCCACACUCAAUUGCAAGUUUGCCAUUUUGCAUCAAGCCAAGAUUCAUCCAUGAACUCUCGGAUGUGGAAAUCAAAAAAACUGUUCUACAAGUAACAAUUUUGAACGUGAAGUUUACCGUUUAUAAAGGUUGUCUGAAUUGUCAGCAUGCAAUGAGAAAAGUAACAAAGGUUGCUUUCUGCCCCAAGUGUAAAAGAAGAAGGUGUCGAGAUAUGCCGUUUGGCAGGAUGCGAGUCAUGGAUUUCUCUGGACAAAUCUACGUCAGUUUGAGACCGGAAGUGAUGGAAAAAUUUUUGGAUAUUUUGGGAUAUACCGAUCAUAUUUCGGGAUAUACCGAUUGGGAUGCAUUCACCUGGCCAAGUGAACGUGCCAACUAUGUGUUCAUAUCAUUCAUGAUGGAAAUUGAAAAGAAAUCAAAUGAAUGGGAAUGCACUGAUGUUGCUGAAAUGGACUGGGCUGUCUACGCAAAAUAUUUGAAGGAAAAGGAGGAGAAGGAGAAUAGACAAACCGAGGAGCCAGUUCAAUAA